CAAGCGUCCAUGGCUUGUUUGCCAAAAGAUCACUCUCCCAAACACCACUACCAGUUCCUAUCUGCUCCUCCAAUUCCAGCAAAAUCCACACCACCUCUCCCUCUCUUUAUCAUUUUCUAAGGUCACAAAAGUAAAUAAAUUAAAAAUAAAAUAAAACAAAACACUUCCCUCCAUAUAUAAACUUCACCUUUGCCUUUAAUCACUUCUUAGUUUGCUUCCUUUCCUUUUCUUAAUACUCGAGGAAGAAGAAACGGUUCUAUUAUGGACGGAAUGUAUGGUCUGCACUCCUCGGCGGACUACUCUGACAGGCCGUUCCUUUUGCCGGAGAAUCUGAUUUUGCCGGAGAAUUACCAGACAUUCCUUUCCUCCGAAAUUCCGCUUUUUGUAUCGGAUGAGCUACUCUCGGCUGCCUCUGCGAUUUCUGAGGCCGCUUCAAUCGCACCGGAAAUUCCACGAGAAGAAGAUUUCUCCGCCUUGAUGAAAGCUAAAAUCGCAUCUCAUCCUGCUUAUCCUCGCUUGCUUCAAGCCUAUAUCGAUUGCCAGAAGGUAGGUGCGCCUCCGGAAAUAGCAUGUUUGUUAGAUGGAAUCCGGCGAGAAAACGAUUUCUGCAAGCGAGACGCUGUCUCCACUUGCUUGGGAUCUGAUCCCGAGCUCGACGAGUUCAUGGAAACAUAUUGCGAUGUGCUGAUGAAGUAUAAAUCUGAUCUUGAAAGGCCUUUUAAUGAAGCGACCACCUUCUUGAACAAGGUUGAACUGCAGCUUCGCAAUCUUUGUACGGGUGCCUCCGUUAGAAGUCCCUCUGACGAAGGUGCACAAUCGUCUGACGAGGAGUUGAGCGGACGAGAAUUAGAGGCACAUGAAGGGCAACCAAGCAGUGAAGACAAAGAUCUUAAAGAUAAACUUCUUCGCAAGUUUGGAAGUCACAUAAGUACGUUGAAGAUGGAGUUUUCCAAGAAGAAAAAGAAAGGAAAACUACCUAAGGAAGCAAGGCAUACCCUGCUUGAGUGGUGGAAUGUUCACUACAAAUGGCCUUAUCCAACUGAUGCUGAUAAGAAAGCACUGGCAGACUCAACUGGACUAGAUCAGAAGCAAAUAAAUAAUUGGUUUAUAAAUCAAAGAAAGCGACAUUGGAAGCCCUCAGAGAACAUGCAAUUUGCUGUUAUGGAUAAUCUUUCUGGACCCUUCUUUAGCGAUUGAGUUGGCCUGAGGUACAUUCUCAAACUCGAUCAUUUCUGUUAGAUUCAUGUGUAAUCUGCGAUGCAAACUCUAAUAGGAUUAAUGAAAUGCUUAUUUCCCAAGAAAAAAAAAAGAAAGGGGGAAAAUUUUAAUUGUAUUGGGGCCAUGUGUAUAUAUGUAUAUUCUCAUUGACGGACAUCGACAAUGAAAUGCACACAUAGUUUGGAUGAAUAAUCUAGCUACCCGUGCUUUAUGGACUCUUAUAGAUGUGUUCAUGUAGUGCCACGUAUCAUUUUUUUUUAUGAGGUUGUGGAAUGAUGGCAAAGUAAUUAUAAGGAAAACUCGAAUUUCUGUUUCA